AUCCCCACAAACAAUCCCCAGCAUCAUUUGUCAACAACCCAUAAACACAAGCCUUUGGAAGUGUUUCGAUAUCAGAUGGCUCAGGACGGUUCGAGCGGCUUGAAGCUGAUCGGCACAUGGUCGAGCCCUUACGCCAUAAGGGCUCGGACCGCUCUUCACCUCAAGUCCGUAGCGUACGAUUACGUCGAGGAGAAGGAUGUCCUGAGCGCAAAGAGCGAUCUUCUCCUAAAGCACAACCCUAUCCACAAGAAAGUUCCUGUCCUCGUCCAUGGCGACCGAUCCGUCUGCGAAUCUCUCAACAUCGUCCAGUACGUCGACGAGGCUUGGCCUUCUCCUCCUUCCAUCCUCCCCUCUGAUCCGUACGAUCGAUCCAUCGCUCGGUUCUGGGCCCAAUACAUCGACGAACAGUGCUUCUCAGCGAUCACGGCGACUGCCGGAGCAAAAGACGACGAGGGGAGAAUGGCUGCGGCGGCGAAUCUGGGGAGCUGUUUAGCGGUUCUGGAGGAAGGGUUUAAGAAAUGCAGCAAAGGCGGAGACUUUUUCGGAGGGGACAACAUCGGGCUCGUCGACAUAGCCUGUGGGUCCCUGCUGGGGCCCCUCUGGGUCAUCCAGAGGUUUUCCGGCGUCCAGUUCCUCCGCGAAGACAGUACCCCCAGUCUUGUCCGGUGGUCGGAGAGGUUUUGCGGCCACGACGCCGUCAAGCCGUACAUGCCCACCGUCGACGAGUUCGUCGAGUUCGCCAAGAAGAAAUUCAACGUCCAGUGAUGGAUGAUGAUGAUGAUGAUGAUGACGACUCUCUCGUUUUGUUCUGCUAAUGUUUGAUGAUCAUUUCUAUCUAUAUCUUUGGUGAAGAAAUGAAUCAAGAAUAAGAUCUGUGACGAUGAUAUGAGAAAUUGCCUGUUUUAUUUACCAAAAAAAAGAAAAAAAAAAAGAAAUUGCCUGUUUUUGCUCCUUUCAACGUUAUGAUGAAGACCGUGUGAAAAAAAAAACUAUAAAAUCCAAAAAUAAAAUCCAAGGUGUUACGAUUCGCUGUCA